AAGAGUCUUGAAUCAGAAGAAAACAGGAACAAGGAAAAGUCACUCGAAUAUAAGACUCAUCUUAUUCCCAGAGUUGGGGCUUCUUCAUUUACAUCCAUUUUUACCAUUUGCGAUCUCAAGUCAUAACGACAUCAGCCACACUGGCGCAAACCUUUCAACCACCACCUCCAAUCGUCAACCCUCCUCGUGACGAUCUACAUACAUACAACAAACAACCCGACUGGCCCACAGGCUCUUCUACGUCAGAGACAGUGUCCAAGGCGCGAUCGUCUCCUGUGUCGUCCAAACUCUAACCCAACCACUCAACUUUGGCAAUUAAUAUCACAAAUAACACAAUCGACAACCACAAUGACAGCCCACAUGCAAUCAUCAGGCCGCGGCGGCGCCGGCAACAUCGUCGACAGCUCCAAGUCCCCCCGCAUCCAGCCCGAAGACCUACAAACACCCACUCUCAAGACAGCCAUGGUGACGACCGGCCGCGGCGGCAACGGUAACAUGGCAAAGAACUCGGACCCCGUUGAGACGAGGAGGAGGCAAGACGUUGAGCCUGUCGUCCGCCGCGACUCCUUCGGCGCCACCCACAUUGGCCGCGGCGGCACCGGAAACGUAUUCACGGCCGAAGACGCGCAAGCUGCUCGCGAAGCCCAGAAGGCUGGCCACUCGGGAGCCACCGCCAUCGACAAGGAAGAUGAGAACCACCUGCAUCUGCACAACCUGCUGCACCCUUCGAGGACACAUAAUGGUGGUAGUCACAAGGAGAACAAGGAGAAAGAGAAGGAAAAGGAAAAGGAAAAAGAGGCCGAGCGCGAGAGACAAGCUGGUCAUGGUCACAAGAAGAAUGAGAAGAGCGAAUCGUCGGACCUGGGGUGGGCCGAGAAGGGGAGGAAUUUCUUGUUUGGAAAGAAGGACAAGACAGACAAGAAGGAGGAGAAGAGGGAGGGGAGUGCGGAGAGGAAGAGUGGGAAUAGUUCGUCGUAAGGCGGGUUGGGUUGUGGUGCGGUCGAAGAGGGGGAUACAACUGGAGGGGCUUGUUGGGGCGCAACAGCGGUGAUCAUGGACUCAUGACUGGACGGCAAGCUGAGCUGAUGAUGGGCUGCUGUUACGAUGCUCCGCGACCCCCUUUUCGGCG